UUUGAUUCAACCCGGUCUAAACCCUACCGGGCAUCCCUGUAAUUUGCUAAUCUCUCUCGCGCUCGUCUCCGACUCUCUUCCAGACUUUGCCUCCAGCCUCCCUGAUUGGAAUAUCGCUCGGCGGUGAUCGCUGCUCUCAGUACCGGCAGCACCCCUAUCUCGCUUCUCAAUCUAAUCUCUGGUUCGUUUCUCCGCGUAAGAACUGUACUUCAGUUGCCUCCCAUCACUUGCAUGUCUGAAUUUGUGAAGUUUUCUCGCACUUUCAUCUAGGUAGUUUAGUAUGGCAGAGGAGAGUGAAGAAGUGAAGUCCUUUAAAGAGUUGGGAUUACGAGAUGAACUGAUAGAAGCUUGUGAGAAUUUGGGAUGGAAAACUCCUUCAAAGAUACAAGCAGAGGCUAUUCCUCAUGCAAUAGAAGGGAAGGACUUGAUUGGACUUGCACAAACGGGUUCUGGUAAAACAGGAGCUUUUGCUCUUCCAAUAUUACAAGCUCUUAUUGACUAUGUUGCUGAACGAGAGUCUAAACAAGGGCACAAACCAGAUCCUGUAUUCUUUGCUUGUGUACUCUCUCCAACAAGAGAGCUUGCGAUUCAGAUUGCUGAGCAGUUUCAAGCUUUGGGAUCUAGCAUUGGAGUUAGGUGUGCAGUGCUUGUUGGAGGGGUAGACAUGAUGCAACAGACUCUUGCCAUUGGGAAACGGCCACACAUAAUUGUUGCAACACCUGGGCGCCUUCUGGAUCAUCUUUCUAGUACCAAAGGCUUUUCACUUCGCAUGCUGAAAUAUUUGGUCUUGGAUGAGGCAGACAGAUUACUGAACGAAGAAUUUGAGAAAUCACUUGAUGAGAUUUUGAAAGUUAUCCCUCGCGAGCGAAGAACAUUUUUAUUUUCUGCAACUAUGACGAAGAAGGUGCGGAAGCUCCAGAGGGCAUGUCUAAGGAACCCUGUGAAGAUUGAAGCAGCUUCUAAAUAUUCCACUGUUGACACACUGAAGCAGCAGUUUUGUUUUCUUCCUGCAAAGCACAAGGAUUGCUAUCUUGUAUAUAUUCUGACGGAGAUGUCUUCAUCUACGACAAUGGUUUUCACUCGAACAUGUGAUGCAACCCGCUUUUUAGCUUUGGUUUUUCGAAACCUUGGUUUAAGGGCCAUUCCUAUCAGUGGUCAUAUGAGCCAGUCGAAAAGACUUGGAGCGUUAAACAAGUUUAAAGCUGGGGAAUGUAACAUUCUUGUAUGCACCGAUGUGGCAAGUAGAGGGCUGGAUAUUCCAUCUGUGGAUAUGGUUAUUAAUUAUGACAUCCCUUCAAAUUCGAAGGAUUACAUCCAUAGAGUCGGACGGACUGCACGUGCUGGACGAUCGGGCGUAGCCAUCUCACUUGUAAAUCAGUAUGAAUUGGAGUGGUACUUCCAGAUAGAAAAGCUUCUUGGCAAGAAGCUACCAGAGUACGCUGCUGAGGAGGAGGAAGUCUUGCUACUGCUGGAGCAAGUUACAGAAGCCAAAAGAUUGUCACAGAUGAAAAUCAAAGAGAUGGGCCAUAAUAAGAAAAGGAGGGGAGGGGAUGAAGAUGACGUUGACACAUACUUGGGAAUCAAGGACAAGAAGUCGUCCAAGAAGUUGAAAAGAAAGUGAGCUCCCUCUUAUGGGUUUUUUUUUUUUUUAUUCCUACAGCAUAAUCUGAUUUACUUAAAAAGUAUAUUGCACCAUGGCAAAGAGGAAGAAGAAGACCCUGGAUCCUUGGUUAUUGGUUAUAUGUCCCUGAUCAGUGUUACUUGAAGCAUACCAUCUACGACUUUUUAGGGUUAGAUCUAAUAGCAAUUUUGGGUAUAGCUAAAAUUUCAUUCUCUUAUCACUCUACUACCAGAGUUUUUGUUCUGUUAGCUUAGACAAAUUUUGAUUUUUUUUUAUUUAAAAUUAUUGUUUUCUGUCAUGUUUUCUAGUGGGUAGAGGAUAAGGUAAUACAUUACCUGCUGUAAACAGAAUCAGCCAAUAACAUUUUUGUUUGGACGGAUCAGUCAGUUUUGUAUUGACUGUCUGAUGAUAGAAGAUUGAAUUAUUUCAAUGAUAAUUAUGCGUUUCUUAUA